GCACUGUCUUCAGCACCACGGCGAGCGUGGACAUUGAGCUUCACACUUCAGUUCGCGCGCGUGUAUGUGUGUGUGUGAAGAUUCAACCGGUGGCUUUUGUUUUCUGACUCCACUCGCGUCGCGACUGUGCUUCACAUCACGCAAGAAUUCGUGUCGAGUGAAUUCUGAAAGGGAAUAAUACUAAUAAUACUACUAAUAAAAAGACUCAGAAACAUUUCCACGUAAAAAGAGCUCGGUUUGUCCGCGAGAGUGGGAUGCCGUCAGUGAGAUGAUGUUUCUCUGCGAGGGGAUUGCGCUUUAGAAGCUCCACAAUUCAGAAGGAUGCUGGUGGGAAAUGCCUGUCGACAGAGAGGACGAGAUUUGUCAAAAAGCGCUAGAACUCUUAUCGGAUCUUUGUUCUAAGGGGGAGGUUCAGAACGAAAACUGUUUGGAUUUCAUUUAUUAUUUCCGAGACCUUGCCAGGCCGAGGUAUUCGGACUCAGACAUAUCCAUUAGCCUGCUGUCAUUGGUGGUGACCGCUUGUGGCUUGGCCCUGUUUGGCGUCUCUCUCUUUGUUUCAUGGAAAUUGUGCUGGAUUCCAUGGCGCGAGCGAGGCCUCUCUCCAAACACCAAGGAGGGACAUCCAGACCCACCUCAUCCUCCUCCUCCACCCCUUCAACCCCAGUCCAUCUAUACCGAGGUGGACGCCACCCUAGACCGCCGGAAUAAUGCCCGAUGUUCAGUGGUAAAAGAGACAACAGUGCCUCCCACUCCAGUCUCUCCGGCAGUUCCAGGAUCUCCUCCUGCAGUGCCAGUGCCUGAGGCAGCCCUCAAAAUAAGCCACACUUCACCUGAUAUUCCACUGGAGGUGGAGUCUAAGCCUCAAGAAAAUGGUGUCCAUGGCAACACACGCAUGCAGAGGCAAAUUACUGAUCCCUCCUCGACCUGUGUCAGGCAAAGUUCAAUUCGGCGUCAGAUGAACCAGUCUAACCCUGACUUUACAGUAACCCAGUUCCAGAGGCAGGACUCUCUGACUGGCAUGAGUCUGGGCCAGCUAAAACCAGAACUCUACAAACAACGAUCCCUAGAUGGAGAGGACAACCGAAGCAGUCGUGUGGACAGCUGUGGACGCCUCCACUUUAUUCUUAAAUAUGACUGUGACCUGGAGCAGCUCAUUGUCAAGAUCCACAGAGCCCAAGACCUCCCAGCCAAGGACUUUUCUGGAACCUCUGACCCAUAUGUAAAAAUCUACCUUCUCCCAGACCGCAAAACCAAACACCAGACCAAGGUGCAUCGUAAGACUUUAAACCCUGUGUUUGAUGAGGUCUUCCUCUUCCCUGUGGCAUAUGCAGACCUGCCCACAAGGAAGCUGCACUUCAGUGUCUACGAUUUUGAUCGUUUUUCACGCCACGAUAUUAUUGGGCAGGUGGUGGUUGACAACUUUCUGGAUCUAGUGGAUUUUCCCAGGGAGACCAAACUCUGCAGGGACAUCCAGUAUGUGUCUUCGGACAAUGUGGAUCUGGGGGAUUUGAUGUUUUCACUAUGCUACCUGCCCACUGCCGGACGGCUGACCAUCACCAUGAUCAAAGCACGAAAUCUGAAAGCCAUGGAUAUUACUGGAGCUUCAGAUCCUUAUGUGAAAGUUUCUCUGAUGUGUGAUGGGCGAAGACUGAAGAAAAGAAAAACCUCCACCAAGAGGAACACAUUAAACCCUGUGUACAAUGAGGCCAUAGUGUUUGAUGUCCCUCCAGAGAACAUUGACCAAAUCAGCCUUCUCGUAGCUGUUAUGGACUAUGACCGUGUAGGUCACAAUGAGGUCAUCGGCGUGUGUCGAGUAGGUAAUGAUGCUGAGGGUUUGGGAAGAGAACACUGGAAUGAAAUGCUGACUUACCCACGCAAACCCAUCGCACACUGGCAUCCUCUCAUCGAGUAUCACAGUACUGGAGGGGGAAGCCAGGGGGGUUCCUGUAAUUCCCUGAAGGCCCCUCCAUCACCAUAGCCUGAGGUCCAAGUUCUCAUCUUCAGGCCAACAACAGAAGUGAAUUCACGCACAAGAUGUUCUGUUCUGGGAUCCAGAGGCCCGGGAUCCAGAGGCCCAAGAUCAGAGAGCUCCAGUAGGCUGUUCCUGACAUCAAAGGGAAUGGCGUGCCAUUUUCUUCUACCUGUGCACCUGGAAGCCCUUCCGCUGCAUGGGAAUACUUGAUUGUUUCAGCUGCAUGUUGAGUGGUCACAUACUGUAUGGUUAUUUUGUGCUACUCAUGGUAAAAUGGAAAAGAAAAUUUAGUGGAAAAAAGUGGAAAAAGAGUAUUUUUAUGUUGUUCUCAAAGUUUCGAUUCCAAGUAAAUGUUUUCUAAAUCAGUCUCGGUAUGUGUUUUUAAAUGGAGUGUCAGUGUGUCACUCAAUGCUCUUGAGGUUAGAAUGUUAAUUUCCCUUUUUAAUUUAAACCCUCCCACAGUGCAUGAGUGUGUUUUGGUGUGGUAAAGUUAAAGAUGUUCUCUGUUUCUUGUUUGAAAUGCUCUGUGGAUUUUGUCAUCAAGCGUCAUGGUGGUGAAUUGUUUACAGACUUUGCAAGUAAGAUGUUAUUUCUCAUGUUAUUAAACCUGUAUUUCUUACAAAACCAAA